AUGAAUCCCCUCCCCUCAUCACCGCCGCUCACCUUCUACCUCAACGGCACGCCCAUCUCCCUUUCCAGUCCCCAUCCCCGCUGGACGCUCCUCGACUUCAUCCGCUCGCAGGAUGGGCUCAAGGGCACGAAGCUCGGCUGCGGCGAGGGCGGGUGCGGUGCGUGCACGGUUGUAUUGCAGACACGGCGGCAGGGGAAGAAGAUCCGCCAUCUUGCUGUGAAUGCGUGUCUCUAUCCGUUGAUUGGGGUCGCCGGAAAACACGUCAUAACGAUCGAAGGCCUGGGAACGGUAGACACCCCACACCCCCUGCAAGAGCGCAUCGCCAAGAUGCACGGGUCGCAGUGUGGAUUCUGUACGCCGGGCAUCGUCAUGUCCCUCUAUGCGAUGGUACGGAAUGCGUAUGAUCCGCUCACGGGCGAAUUCCGGCUUACCGCGGACGAUAUCGAGGACAGGGGGCAUCUCGAUGGGAAUCUGUGUCGGUGCACGGGGUACAAGCCGAUUCUUGAUGCGGCGAAGACGUUCAUCCAGGAGGACUUGGGGGUGCCGGUCGUUGACUCGGCUCCGGCUUUGACGGACGAAGAGGUCGAUGUGACGCCAGACUCACGAGGGUCUUUGAGUUCGUCCGCCUCCUGCGGUCGGCCUGGGGGGUGUUGCAAGGAUAGCCCUAGCCCUGGAUCAUCGUGUUCCAGGGACACGAGCAUCACGGCACCAUCGACCCCGGGCUUAUCUGAACAAUUCGACUUCAUCCCCUACACGCCAACAACGGAGCUCAUCUACCCACCGGGUCUAGCGAAGUUCGAGCCGAAAUUGCUUUGUUACGGCGAUGAAAAACAGGCGUGGGUCAAGCCUACAACGAUCCAAGAGACACUGGAUAUUCUUUCCCAGCAUCCAUCUACUACACUUGUAACAGGCGCAAGUGAAGUGCAGGUCGACGUGCGGUUCAAGGACUUCAAGCCGGCUGUCAGUGUAUUCAUCGGCGACAUCCCAGAGCUUACGGGGAUAUCCUGGAGCGAGGGUAAGAAAACACUGGAGAUCGGAGGCUCGGCGUCGUUGUCAGACAUCGAGGCUGAGUGUCUGCGGUCCAUACCCGAGUUCGAAGCGGAGAACCCAGGGUACGCAUCUGUUCUCUCCUCCAUCGCCAGGACAUUGCGGUACUUCGCCGGUCGACAGAUCCGCAACGCUGCCAGUCUAGCGGGAAACAUCGCGACCGCGUCUCCAAUAUCCGAUAUGAAUCCGCUCCUAUUGGCACUGGAUGCAACUGUCCACGCGCGGACCAUCGAAACGGAGACAUCGAUCAAAAUGAGUGAGAUGUUCACGGGGUACAGGAAGACCGCGCUCCCGACCGGCAGCAUCAUCACCAGAAUCUCGAUCCCGAUGCCAUCUCAGUACGAAAUAGAGAUUGUGAACGCCUACAAACAGGCCAAGCGCAAAGACGACGACAUCGCCAUUGUGACAGCUGCAUUCCGCGUCCGUCUCAGCCCUGAUUUCAUUGUGCAAGAGGCAUCACUCGCCUUCGGAGGCAUGGCGCCGACAACCAUCCUCGCCGCAAAGACCGCAAAAGCCCUAAAGGGCAAACGCUGGGGCGACAAUGCCCUCCUUGACAUGGUCCUAACUUCACUAAGCCACGAAUUCAACCUCCCCUACAGCGUACCCGGCGGAAUGGCGACGUAUAGACGAACCCUAACCCUCUCCCUCUUCACCCGCUUCUGGAACCACGUGAACCAGAAACUCAGCCUACAGUUCGACGCUGAUCUGGUCGAGGAGAUCCACAGGGGUCUAUCAACCGGCUCACGCAACGAUCACAACCCGCACGCGCAACGCGUCGUCGGCCAACAGAUCCCCCAUCUCAGCGGCCUGAAACAUGCCACCGGGGAAGCAGAGUACGUGGACGACAUGCCCCCGCUGCAUCGCGAGCUGCACGGUGCACUUGUGCUGUCUCAGCGUGCUCAUGCGAGGAUCGUCAGCGUUGACUGGGAAUCUGCGUUUGAAGUCGGAGCGCUGGGGUAUGUAGAUCAUACCUCUCUCCCCGAAGACAGGAACCAUUGGGGACCGGUCGUGCACGACGAGCCGGUUUUCGCGAAGGGGGAGGUCCUCGCGCACGGACAACCCAUUGGUCUUGUCUAUGCGGAGGAUGCCAUGACUGCUCAAGCGGCUGCGAGGGCUGUCAAGGUCGUCUACGAGGAUCUGCCCGUUAUACUAAGCAUCGACGAAGCGAUCGAGGCGGGCUCGUUCUUCAGGUACGGGAAGGAGUUGCGACGGGGCGCGGCGCCGGAUGAGAUUGGGAAGGCUCUGGAGGGAUGUGAGUUCACGCUCUCCGGCACAAGUCGUAUAGGCGGGCAGGAGCACUUCUACCUCGAGACCAACGCGGCGAUCGCGAUCCCGCACGCCGAAGACGGGAGCAUGGAUGUUUGGUCGUCGACGCAGAAUACAAUGGAAACGCAAGAUUUCAUCUCCCAAGUGACAAACGUACCCCGGCACAAAAUCAACGCGCGCGUCCGACGCAUGGGCGGCGCAUUCGGGGGCAAGGAAUCGCGCUCUGUGCCGAUCGCAUGCAUCGUUGCCGUCGCCGCGAAGAAGACACGGCGGCCUGUGCGCAUCAUGCUCAGCCGCGACGAGGACAUGAUGACUUCGGGCCAGCGGCAUCCGAUCCAGUGCCGCUGGACCGUUGGGUUUGGUGCGGACGGCAAACUGCUUGUUCUGGACGCGGACACGUAUAAUAACGCGGGGUACUCGGUUGACAUGUCGGCGGCCGUGAUGGAUCGGUGUCUGACGCAUUUGGACAACUGCUACUACGUCCCGAAUGUCUGGCUGCGCGGGCACGUGUGCAAGACGAAUACGCAUUCGAAUACGGCGUUCCGGGGGUUUGGCGCGCCGCAGGCGAUGUAUUUUGCGGAGAGCAUUAUCUGCGCUGUGGCGGAGAAGGUUGGGCUGGAUGUCGACGAGGUGCGGCGGCGGAAUCUGUAUGAAGUCGGGCAGCGCACGCCGUUCAACCAGGUUCUUGACGCCGACUGGCAUGUCCCGCUGUUGCUGGAGCAGGUUCGACAAGAGGCGGAGUAUGACAAGCGCAGGAGGGAAAUCGAGACGUUUAAUAAGGAACACCGCUGGCGCAAACGAGGAAUCAGUCUCAUCCCCACGAAAUUCGGCAUCUCGUUUGCGACGGCCCUGCAUCUGAAUCAGGCGUCUGCUACCGUGCGCGUAUAUACGGACGGGUCUGUGCUGCUGCACCACGGCGGGACGGAAAUGGGACAGGGCCUGUAUACGAAGAUGGUGCAGGUUGCGGCGCAGGAGCUUCGUGUCCCUGUGGAGCAAGUGUACACGCAGGAUACAUCGAGCUAUCAAACGGCAAAUGCGAGUCCGACGGCCGCGAGUUCAGGGAGUGACCUCAACGGCAUGGCGAUCAAGCAUGCGUGCGAUCAGCUCAAUGAGCGGUUGAGACCGUACCGGGAGAAACUCGGGGAUGUAGAACUGGGUGUCCUUGCGAAGGCUGCGUAUCGAGAUCGCGUCAAUCUCUCCGCUGUGGGAUUCUACAAGAUGCCGACGAUCGGGUACGAGUGGGGGAACUAUGACCCCGAAGCCGUGAAGCCGAUGUAUUUCUACUUCACACAGGGGGCGGCCUGCACGGAAAUCGAACUCGACCUGCUCACAGGCACACACAGCGUCCUGCGCACCGAUCUCAAAAUGGACGUUGGGCGCUCCAUUAACCCGGCCAUCGACUACGGGCAGAUCGAAGGCGCGUUCGUGCAGGGACAGGGCCUCUUCACGAUGGAAGAGUCGCUGUGGACGCAAUCGGGCCAACUUGCGACGCGCGGGCCGGGGACGUACAAGAUCCCCGGGUUCGCGGACAUCCCGCAGGUGUUCAAUGUGAGCUUCUUGCAGGAUAAUGAGGAAGGCACGAUGUGGAAGACGCUGCGGAGUAUCCAGAGUAGCAAGGGGGUUGGCGAGCCGCCGCUUUUCAUGGGGUGUAGUGUGCUCUUUGCGUUGAGGGAUGCGCUGGGGUUUGCGAGGAGGGAGAGGGGCGUCACUGAGCCGUUGGUGCUGCAUAGUCCGGCCACCGUGGAGAGAGUCAGGCUUGCGGUUGGGGAUGAGAUUGUGAGGAGGGCUGAGGUGGGGAGGAAGGAAGGGGAGAAAGCGUUCUUUGUUGCGGUUGCUUGA